AAACGGUUCGAUUCAUUUUCCCACCACCAGCGGAUUCUGGCAUCAGAAAUCAUAACAAAUAAAUAAUCAUAACAAAUAAAGCAACCUAGCAUAAUGUCGUGUAAGUUCGAGGAUAUUCAGGAGAAAAUAGAGAGUGGCGUUUACAAACUAGCCACUAAUUGCAAGAGUACACGCAGCACCGUUUGGCAAGUGUACCGGAAGAUUGAGAAGGACGAUGGGACAAUUCUGGAGCAAGUCUUGUACUGCAUUGGUUGUAAAAGCAUAAUGUCCUUUAUCCACAAGUCCACGACGAACCUACGGCGUCACAAAUGUCACCUUCAGUACCUUAAGAAGCAGGCAAUUUGCAAUCUGGACACGAGCGAGCAAUCUAAAAUGGAUGAAGAUGGUGGAGACACAACUGAGGAGGACCGACAAUCCCUCUCGGACGACAUCGAGAUCAAACCCACUGCUGUAGAUGUGGCUGCGUAUGUUUCUGGAAUCGUCCCCGCAGAUUCCUCAGCAAUUCCAACGCUUACCCACCCUCCUAAUCGCCUUCAUCAACGGCAGCUGUCUGACGCUCGGGAUAUUUCAUUAACCCACGAUGUCAGCGGGGUUGAAGAGUCUAAUAUUUACGCGCAGACAUGGUCCCUGGAGUUUCGCAAACUUAGCGAAGAUCAAAAAUUCUACGCCAAAAGAGCCAUAGAUGAAAUCUUUGUCUUGGGAAGGUUGAGACGCUUAACUCUAAAUACAGUAACUCCGGCGGAGUAAAUUUGUAAGGGCCUUUGCAUUAAGGUUCAAUAUAAGACCGAUCUUUUUAUGUUGUAUAUACAGUAUUUUAACUGCUGUGCUGCAGCAAUAUUUUGUUUUUUGAUGUAAAGUUUUGCUGAUUUAUUUAUAAAACUCUGGGAAACCCCAUCCAAUAUGUA